AUGGAAUCCAAACGAAGCAAUUAUCAAACUCUGCACAAGCCGCAAUCAUCAAAGAUACAAGUCUUGAAAACGGCUAGCGAAGUGAGCCUUACACCAAGUCAGGCUGCAGAACAAGCCAAGAUAAGUGAGCGAAAAAAUCCACUAGAUGCACUAAGUCGUUUAUCACUAAGGCAUCAGGGUUUAGAAAAACGUUCGGGUCUACAAGACGUUGAUGAUGAAUACUUAAAAAAGAAUGUCUUCUCUCGUUCAAUUUUAAAUAAGCAUUCGGGACUGAACGACACUUAUGAACAGCAUGGUCGUGCAAUUUCGUUGGUAAAUUUGGCGCAGGGCAAUGCUUCCCACAUACAGAUGCAAAAACAUGAAGCAAAACAGCAGUCAACGCCGCAUUUAACGCAGGUUCAGCCAACUUCUCAGUCGCCCCAAGCAUAUCAGGCGCCAACGGAAUUUGUAUCGCAUCAACAAGUACCUAUCCAUCAGCCACAAUCGUCAUCUGCCGUUCAGUGUAAAAAUCAGUCGUACGAGGAAUCACAUUUAACACAGCCGUUGUCUCCACCUAAAUCCCAUCAGCAUUCCCAGCAGCAGUCCAUGCCAGCAUCCAUAGCACCUGUAGUCGAACCCGAAUUGU